CAUAUCCGUUCUUCCUCGGUUCCUCCACGGCUCCACUGAUGUCAAACCCUGGAAGAAUCGGGUGUAGCCCAACUCCCCGACCUUAAUCAAGCUUCACAAAUCAUAAAUCGACAGUUUCAUAACGAGCAUCUGGGAACCCAGUUGCAGAAAUGGUAGACGAAGAGCAUUCUGAAUCAGAAAAUAAUGAAAAUUGCGAGAAAUCGAACUCUGAAGGGCUUGGAAACAGCAGUGAUGGAGGGGGUGUAGAGAUGUCUGCGUACGAGAAGCAGAGAUUGUCGAGGAUAAGAGAAAACAAGGCGAGGUUAGAGGCUCUUGGUUUGCCCACUCUCGCGUCUUCCCUACUGCGUACUGUUGAAAAGACCUCGAAGCGAAAGGGCAAAAGGAAGGACGAAGAUGACGAGUACAUACCGUCGGAUGGAGAUCGCGGGGUGAGUUCUUCGAGCGAAGAGGACAACGAGGAAGAAGAUUGGAAGGUUGGGGAUGAUGGGUCUUCUGGUUAUCGUCGAGCUUCCACUACUAAGGGGAAAAAGAAUGCUACAGCCAUGGGUAAAUCUAAGAAAAAAGCUCAUAUUCAAAAGCAUGCAGGUGCAUCAAAUCUUGUUGAUGAUGAUGAUGAUGAUAUACUGAAGGCAAUUGCUCUAUCACUUGAAGGUUCACCAGAAACUUCAGGUGCUGUACCCCCUGGGCAUUUACAGAACUCUACCAGAGCUAUGACUAGUGCUGAUCUUAAUGAACAAAAAGGAGGGGCCCAUAUUCAGGAAGAUUCUGGAAGGAGGAAAAGGAGAAAAAUGAAUUCUAGCCGUGUGCAAAUGACUGAGGAUGCGGUGAUUAUACACUUCUUUCAAUUUGAUGAAGCAGGGAAAGGGAACAUAAGUUUUAAGGAUUUGCGAAGAGUAGCAGUUUCUCAUGAUUUUACUUGGACAGACAAAGAGAUUGCUGAUAUGAUUCACACAUUUGAUAGCGAUGGAGAUGGGAAGCUAAGUCUUGAGGACUUUCGGAAGAUUGUCUAUAGAUGCAACAUGAUACAAGGUUGUGAAAAUGCUGUUACAGGCUUGAAGUCAUGAUACAAGGUUGUAAAAAUGCUUCAAAUUAAUACACAUUAUACUUAUUCCUGUUCGAAAAAAAAAAGAUUUUUUUUGUGCAAUAAGUGCCAUUUAGGCUUUGUUGUUUUUUUAGGAAGUUGGGGCAGAUAAGUUGGUGGGUCUCAUAGGAAAGAAAUAAACCUGCAUUCGUAUUUGUAUCUGAGUCCCAUGGAAAAUAAUGAUUCUUGAGCCUCGUAGUGGUAAAAAGAAUCAUAGACCAUCAUGUUGUAAUUAGGGUCCUCAAAAGCUAUUUUCUUCGUGUUUUGA